CACACACACACACAAACAGCGCACUACGUCACCUCCUCUUUUCUUCCUGUUUGGGUUUUCUAAGCUAAGCGGACCAGCAUCCGUUCAUGUAUUGCACCAGCAGCACUACAGUGAAUGGAAUUAUUUCGAUACCAUUUUAACUGUCUUCAUCUCGUAUGGAAACAGUGGAACAUGCAUCGAGUCUCCAAAAUGGAAUUUCUACUCAAACCACUGUAGCUGAUGGCAGGUUUUCUGCCAGAAUGCUACAUGGUCUUAUGCAGACACUAAGCAUCAUCCUUUUGCCUGAUUAACUGAUUCUGAGUGAGCGAGCACACGCAUGUCGCGAAUCAGGACCACGCUGGACAGUGUCACCAAGGCAGUUGGCAGCACGGACCUCAUAUCCAAGUUCUCCCGCUUGAAGCCUGUCAGUGCUGCAGCUGACGGCACCAAUGUAGAAAAAGCUCUGGCCAAAGCUGAGACCCUCGCCUCUAGCAAUGCAGCUGCUGCCUUGCCACCUGAAUCUACCAUGAAAGAGGAAGAAGAAGAAGAAGGCGAGAAGAACGCAGCAGAGAAGGGGUCAGACAAGCAAUGCCAGCAAGCUACGGAAAAGCCCUUUGUUGCGACAAAGAAGUCCAGUCUAGCUUCAGUGGCAACUGCAUCAGUGCAGAGCUCCUCCUCGACUGUGGCAAAGCAAACCAUGCAACUGUUUCACCCAGCAGGUCUCUCCACCGCCAACAUGGAUGACACCUACAAAACUCUGUCUCUGCACAUCAAUAAUUACUUUGGCACCAGCACACAAGUUGAAGAAGGAGGCAACAUGCCGGCACAGAGAGACAAAGGAGGGGAUGAUCCUGCAUCCGAGCCAACUCUCAGCUCAGUUUCUCAGAAAACUGGGGACCACAUUCCUAUUUUGUCUCCAGUGGCGGCGACUAAAAGUAUUGAAGCACCCACUACCUCUCCUCCUCCUCCAUCUCCAUCUCCAUCAGAGAACCUCACUCCUCUGGUGGUGACACCCUCGUCAGACAUCCAUACAACUGAAAAUGCUGCUCAGCCCGUCCCCGCGCCCGCCACCUCCCCUAAAAAAGGCUUCACCCACUAUCUUUCCUACCCUCGGCCCAGCAUGCAGGCGUUUGUCGGCAGCUACAUCACGCCUCUGGUCCCCAAAUUCAGAGGUGAUUCCAAAAGCGCCACAGCCGAUAAAGACAAGACUUCAGCAGAUGCUGUGGAAGAGCCCACCGUGGAAAAAGCAGCAGAGAAGACGGAGAGUGAAGAGGAGAAAGCAAAGCAGCAGCUGUUGACUCAAAGAGAAAAGAUAAUAGCCAGAGUGAGUGUAGACAACAGGACCAGAGCUCUGGUGAAAGGCCUGCAAAGAGUCACUGACGUCAAGCUCCUCACCAGUCGAGUGGAGGAGCUCAGCUAUCACCUCCUGGAGUUCCCCGAGACGCGAGGAGUAGCUGUCAAGGAGAGUGCUCUGCCCUGCCUGCUGCGUUUGCGCCAGGCCAGAGACCUACCUCUUCAGGCUGCUGUGAGGGAAGCGCUGGCCCUGGUUGGCUACACAGAACCGGUCAAAGGUAGAGGGAUUCGGGUCCUGGCCAUAGACGGAGGCGGAACAAGGGGCCUGCUGGCCCUCCAGACUCUUUAUAAACUGCAGAACCUGACCGGCAAGCGAAUCCACCAGCUCUUCGAUUACAUAUGUGGAGUCAGCACAGGUGCCAUUUUGGCAUUCAUGCUGGGAAUUUUCCAGAUCCCCUUAGAGGAGUGCGAGGAGAUGUACAGGAAGCUGGGGGCAGAUGUCUUCAAACAGAACGUUAUCGUUGGAACAGUCAAAAUGGGCUGGAGCCACGCUUUCUAUGACAGUGAGAUAUGGGAAAACAUCCUCAAGGAACGGAUGGGUGAGGGGCAUAUGAUAGAGAGUGCCAGGGACCCACACUGCCCUAAAGUGUCAGCAGUGAGCGCCAUAGUGAACAGGGGUUUACCCCUGAAGGCCUAUGUGUUUAGGAACUACAGACUCAUGCCAGGAGUGAGAUCUCACUACCUCGGAGACUGCAAACACAAGAUGUGGCAGGCCAUCAGGGCCUCGUCUGCUGCCCCGGGCUACUUCCAGGAAUUUGUGCUGGGAAAAGACCUCCAUCAGGAUGGAGGACUCCUAAUCAACAACCCCACAGCGUUGGCCAUCCAUGAGUGUAAGUGUCUGUGGCCCAACACGCCUUUGCAGUGUGUGUUGUCUCUUGGCACCGGACGGUACGAGACAGCGGGCAAGAAUGGGACUACCUACACGAGCCUCAAAGCCAAGCUCACCAACGUCAUCAGCAGUGCCACAGACACAGAGGAGGUGCACACCAUGUUGGAUGCCCUCCUGCCCCCCGACACCUACUUCCGCUUCAACCCCUACAUGAGCGAGGACAUCCCACUCAACGAGAGCCGUACGGAGAAGCUGAACUUCCUCAAGAGCGAGGGGGAGCGCUACCUGGAGCGCAACGAGGCCAAGCUGAGAAAGGCGGCCAGCGUGCUGGGUCAGGAGAAGAGCACCAUCCAGAGAGUGGCCGAGUGGGCCAAGCUCAAGUCCGACAUGUACGAGGGUCUCCCCUUCAGGUCCAAGCUGUAGUCCUGGCAGGCCUGGCAGCAGUGUGAACACACAAGAGUUUUUAAGGUAAGAAGAUGUGUGUACAAAAACUCCCAAGAACUGAUUAACUGCUAACAAGGGAGCAAACUGGACACAUUUUUUUAAGCAUCCUGGAAAAUAACAAAUAAUUUAUUCACAGGGUUUAAUCGUAUACGUGACACUAAAAGGACUGUUAUUGUUAUUACUGCUAUGGUUAUUUAUUAAAAUAGACCAUACAGUGAAUGAUUUAACUUGUUCUUUAUGGGACAGAAUGUGUUUGAUAGAGACAGAGUGGUUUAAAUUGAAAAGAAUUCAGCAAGUUCUGAAAUGAUUCAUUGAAGGAGAAAUGCAUCGAUAGACAAGUUCAUAAAUAUAUGAAUUACACUCUGGUUCAAAGUGUUGGUCGACUGAACGCACAGAGAUGGUGAUGUGGCACAGACACACAUCAUGAAAUGUUAAUGAUUAUAUGAUUACCGGUUAUUUUGUUAAGAAAUAAGACUGAUGUUCCGUUAACUUGAAUACAUUAAGAAGCUAUUACUACACGAUUGCACAGUGAGAACAAAGACAUGACUGCCUAUUUCUAACACUGUACAGAGGAAAGACCUCAAGCACUUUGUAGAAUAUCAUUCUUAAUUUAGAAAAUGUAAAUAACCUUUGAGGUGAUUAUGAAUUCUUUAAGUGCUCCUGCUAGAAUUUCAGAAUAUGACGGAGGUAGUGCUGUUGAUUCAUCAUUUUACUGUCAGAGACUUCUAUUCUGAUGAAAGGAUGGAAAUACUGUUCCCCUCGUGGUACAAAGCAUGCUCUCCAUUGUGGCCCAUUAUGCAGUAUGAAGAUUUUGCCUUUAACCUCAUUUAAGCCUGAUUUUUCUCAGGCCUGGCUGUUGUUGUGGCACACUUUAUAAAUCUGACACACAUUUUAAAUUGUGAGAAUCCCGAUUGCCAUGAUUUCCUUUUUUGUUGCUUCGUGGAAUGCAAAAAGGAAAAAAAAAUCUUACGAAUAAAAUAAAAUCUGGUUUUCAAAACUUUCAAAAAAAAAAAGUUUGUGUCUUUGUAUUGUGACCUCUGUGUAAAAAAUGAGUGGGUUGGGAAUACAAGUUGUUUGAUUUUACGACUUGCCACACACAUCACAAGAAGCCCCACAAUAAAACUGUCACGAAGG